AAUACGAACUAUACUAGCUAGCUACAGUGAUUAAAACGGUAUUUCCUAAAAAUAUAAACACGGAGGCCAGCCUGUUCUCCCUCUCUCUCCUUUCCUUACAAAAUGGUGCUAACUGGGGAAAAUGGAGAGGUUUUACAGCUACGUCACAGAUUUACUUCCUGGCGUGCUUUACGUUUCUUGUUAUCACUUCUGGUUCAGGAAGAGAAAUGGCUGCCCUAGCUGUUGUGGAGACACCAUCCGGGAAAGAUGCAAUUGCAGAAGGACUGCUUGGUCUCUUGAAACCAGCUGUCCAGCAGCUUGAUCUUCAUGUUCAUUCAGUGAGGUAGGUAGCUAGCAAGAUAUGUGUUUCGAUUUCAAAUGUGCUUGCUAGAUACCGCUCCCUUCAUUCACAGCUAGCUAGCCACUUGUGGUGCGUUCAAGACAACUGGGAACUUGGGGAAAAACGAGGUCAAAUCAUAAAGUCAGUGAUCUUCAGGUCGGAAAGCGGAGCUCUAGAAAGAGAAUUCCGAGUGGCAUGACCGUUCAAUACGAUUUUCUCAGUUGGAGCUCGGUUCUUUCCGAGAAUUUGGAAUCGGAAGUCGGAGAUUUCCAGUUGUUUUGAACACGGCAAUAGCUAACUCCAUCAUCAUGACAGUCCCAUGAUGCGGCCCUUCCUCUCCUAGUUAGUUAUCAGGGAGGGAGAUUCCCUAAAAACACGUCACUUCGAUACAGUUUAAUUAGUCGUAUGUACGGGAUACACGGUCCUACAAAAUGCUUACUUGCAGGUUCCUUCUCGACAAUGCAACAACAAUAGGAAAUAAUAAAAUAUAAGAAUACGAACAUAAAGGAAAUGGCUAAGUAGAAUAUAAAAAUAUUUUAGCAUAUGUAUAAUAAAGGAAGGCACAAUUUAUACUAAACAAAAAUAUAAACGCAACAUGUAAAGUGUUGGUCCCUUGUUUCAUGAACUGAAAUAAAAGAUCCCAGAAAAUGUCUCUCAAAUGUUGUGCACAUAUUUGUUUACAUCCCUGUUAGUGAGCAUUUCUCCUUUUGACAAGAUAAUCCAUCCACCUGACAGGCUAAAUGACUAAAAUGUAAAUGUAAUUGUGUGGCAUAUCAAGAAGCUGAUUAAACAGCAUGAUCAUUACACAGGUGCCUCUUGUGCUGGGGACAAUAAAAGGCCACUCUAAAAUGUGCAGUUUUGUCACACAACACAAUGCCACAAAUGUCUCAAGUUGAGGGAGCGUGCAGUUGGCAUGCUGACUGCAGGAAUGUCCACCAGAGCUGUUGCCAGAUAAUUGAAUGUUCAUUUCUCUACCAUAAGCUGCCUCCAACGUUGUUUUAGAGAAUUUGGCAGUACGUCCAACCGGCCUCACAACCGCAGACCACGUGUAACCACGCCAGCCACCCGGACAGCUGAUGAAACUGUGGGUUUGCACAACAGAAUAAUUUCUGCACAAACUGUCAGAAUCCAUCUUAGGGAAGCUCAUCCGCGUGCUCGCCCUCACCAGGCUCUUGACCUGACUGCAGAUUGGCGUCGUAACCGACUUCAGUGGGCAAAUGCUCACCUUCGAUGGCCACUGGCACGCUGGAGAAGUGGGCUCUUCACGGAUGAAUCUCGAUUUCAACUGUACCGGGCAGAUGAUGACAUGUGGGUGAGCGGUUUGCUGAUGUCAACGUUGUCAACAGAGUGCCCCAUGGUGGCAGUGGGGUUAUGGUAUGGGCAGGCAUAAGCUACGGACAAUGAACACAAUUGCAUUUUAUAUAUGUCAAUUUGAAUGCUCAGAGAUACCGUGACGAGAUCCUGAGGCCCAUUGUUGUGCCAUUCAUCCGCCGCCAUCACCUCAUGUUUCAGCAUGAUAAUGCACGGCUCCAUGUCGCAAGGAUCUGUACACAAUUCCUGGAAGCUGAAAAUGUCCCAGUUCUUCCAUGGCCUGCAUAGUCACCAGACAUGUCACCCAUUGAGGAUGUUUGGAAAGCUCUGGAUCGACGUGUACGACAGCGUGUUCCAGUUCCCGCCAAUAUCCAGCAACUUUGCACAGCCAUUGAAAAGGACUGGGACAACAUUCCACAGGCCAGAAUCAACAGCCUGAUCAACUCUAUGCGAAGGAGAUGUCGUGCUGCAUGAGGCAAAUGGUGGUCACACCAGAUACUGACUGGUUUUCUGAUCCACGCACCUACUUUUUUUUUUUUUUAAGGGAUCUGAAGCAUGAAUAUGUGUGUCUGUGUGCUAAGGUGCAGAGAAUCACAGCAGGUGGUCGGUCCAGUUCAAGUAUUCAGCAUUCUGGCUUGUAGAUAGAAACUUUCUCUGAGCCUUUUGGUGUCAGACUUCAUGUUCCGAUACAGUCCGCCUGACAAUGACAUUCUAGAUGAUUCUGUGCUUCCAACUUUGUGGCAACAGUUUGGGGAAGGCCCUUUCUUGUUUCAGCAUGACAAUUCCCCCAUGCACAAAGCGAGGUCCAUACAGAAAUGUGGUCCUCUGUAGCUCAGCUGGUAGAGCACGGCGCUUAUAACGCCAAGGUAGUGGGUUCGAUCCCCGGGACCACCCAUACACAAAAAAAAAAUGUAUGCACGCAUGACUGUAAGUCGCUUUGGAUAAAAGCGUCUGCUAAAUGGCAUAUUAUUAUUAUUAUUAUUAUUAUUGUAAGGGAGUGAACAGCUCAAGGCUGGGGUGUGUGGGGUCCUUGAUGAUUCUGUGGGCCUUCCUCAGGCACCGCUUCGAGUAGAUGUCCUGGAUGGAUGGCAGCAUGGUCCCAGUGACGUAAUGGGCCGUCCUCACCACCUGUUGGAGGGCCUUGCGGUCGUGGAUGGAUCAAUUCCCAUACCAGACCGUGAUGCAACUGGUCAGGACGCUCUCGAUGGUGCACUGGUAGUAUUUGGAGAGGACCCGGGAUGGUAUGCCAAAUUUCUUCAACCGCCUUAGGGAGUAGAGACACUGUUGCACACUCUUGACAAGGGUGGUGGUGUUGUUGGUCAAGUCCUCUUUGAUGUGGACGCAGAAUAACUUACAACUGCUGACUCUGUCUACUGCUGUCCUGUUGAUGUGGAUCGGGGCAUGUUCCCUUCAUCUGUUUCCUGAAGUCAACAAUCAACGUGUUGUGCAAAGCAACACAGUCGUGGGUGAACAGGGAGUACAGGACACACCCCUGGGGGGCCCCUGUGUUGCGUCAGCGUGGAGGAGGUGUUGUUGCCAAUCCUCACAACCUGUGUCCUGCCCGUCAGAAAAUCCAGAAUCCAGUUGCUGAGGGUGGUGUCCAGACCCAGGGCUCUGAGCUUGGUGGUUGGAGGGUGCAAUAGUGUUGAAUGCUGAACUGUAGUCACUGAACAGUAUUUUCACAUAGCUGUUCCUCUUGUCCAGAUGUGUUAUGGCCGUGUGAAUAGCAAUGGAAAUGGCAUCUUCUGUGGAUCUGUUGGAGCGGUGGCAAAUUGGAGUGGGUCCAGUGUGCCUGGCAUGCUGGCCUUGAUGUUGGCCAUGACCAGCCUCUCAAAGCACUUCAUGAUCACUGGGGUGAUAGUCAUUUGGGCAUGUCACCUUGUUUUUCUUGGGCACUGGGACGAUGGUGGGCUCCUUGAAGCAAGUGGGGACUACAGCCUGGACAAGUUGAAGAUGUCAGAGAAGACGCACGCCAGCUGUUCAGCACACACAUCUGCCAACUCUCAAAAUUGUGCAUUUUCUCAGAGAGCGAAAGCACCUGGUCGACCGGAGCUGCAAGUGUCUUCCUCGAUGGCUCGGUAUUGUCUGCCUCAAAGCGAGUAUAGAAUGUGUUAAGCUCGUCUGGGAGGGAGUCUUCAGUGGGCACCACACAGCUGGAUUUGCCUUUGUAGUCCGUGAUAGUCUGUAGUCCUUGCCAAAUGUGUUGCGAGUCUGAGUUGUCGAACAUAAAUUCAAGUUUGAGUCUGUAUUGUCUUUUUGCGUCACUAAUGGAUUUGUGGAGCUCGUACCUGCUUGCCUUGUACACGUUGCGGGCCACCGAGUCAUCUGGGUUUGUUCUGCUGACAUUGAAAGCUGCAGUACGGGCUCUCCGCAUGAUACAGAUAUCUCCGUUCACCAAGGGCUUUUUUUUGUGUGGGUACAACAUCAAAACAUUUCCUAAUGAAGCCUGUGACUGACAAUGUAUAUUCCUCAACAUUGAUGGAUGAGUCCUGGGUGGAUGAAAAUAUUCCAAUCAGUAUUCUCAAAACAGUCCUGCAGCAUUGCGUCUGCCUCCUCUGUCCAGUGCCUCACUAUUCUCUGUGUUGGUGGCUCAGCUACAACUUUUUCGUAGCAGGCUGGGAGAACUUACGCAGCAGGUUAAGAUAAUUAAAUUAAGGUUAGGAAAAGGGUUAGGGUUUUAGAAAAUGCUCUCCUAACCUGCUACGAAAAGUUGUAUCGAAGUGGCGUGUUUUUAUGGAGGGAUGUUCUGAAUGUGUCCUUUCCUCAUUACUUUGUUACUUGCUGUAGGCCUAGGCUACAGAUAUCAAUGUCGUCUGCUGUAACCACUCUGUCUGUUGUUGUAGUAGUAGUCAUGAUUUGUUACUUUACUAUAUUUCUCUAUGAAUAAUGCUAUUGUGUUGUGUCCUUGUUAUAGGGAAAGCCAGGUGGAACUACGAGAACACAUAGACAAUCUAGCCACAGGUAAAAUUAUUUACUUUUACAUGCUUAUUAUGCCCUCCUGGGGGAACAGGGAAGUUGAUGGGUGCCAGGUUAAUGCACUUGACCCUGUGAAAGAAAGCCCAUAGCCAAGCCAAUGAAAACCAUUGUGUGAGACAGGCAGAGGCUGCUGUGAUGUGACUAGUACAACCACAUAUUUUUUAAAACUCAUGUGUAAGGCUUCUAGAAGCUCCUGUGCUGCCUGAGGGUAAUUCAAUCGAAAGAGGUAUGUCCUUUAUUCAGAACCUUCUUUGAUUUUCAUGAGAUCAUAAAAAAACAUUGCUUUUAAUUAUAUACAGAAUCAAUCCUACAAUUGAAGGCAUGAACAAGAGCUGAAUACCUUACCAAAAUGGCUGCUGUCUUAUCCAUUUUCUUUAUGAGAUUAGCCAAUCAUCCUGUCGGUCAUCCUCAUCUCAUCCCUUCAUUUUUAGAGUUGUGCAGGAUAAAUGAACACCAGAAGGUGGUGCUAGACCUGGACCCCUAUGUGAAAAAGCUGCUGAAUGCAAGACGCAGGGUGGUGCUGGUCAACAACAUACUACAGAAUGCUCAGGUCAGUGGCUCAAAGCAAGAGCUUGGAUGCUUUCUUUCUUUGCCUGUGCAGUAUCUUAUACUAUUUUGUGGGCCUUCUUUUACUCCUGUCCUUGUACCUAACACUCUAUUUUUAUGUGUGUCACUGUGUCAAAUUCAGUGGCUUAGUGUUCAUCCCAUGUAUCUAUACAUUAAUUCCAAUGGGCAUGGCAAUUCUGCUUUGUCUGUGCAUUUUGAAUUCAUGCAGCUCUGCUAGCCACUCAGGUGGUAUAUUAUGUCAAGCUACUGACUUUCAACAUUCAAUGCUCACUUGAGUUUCCCUCUCUCUAGGAACGGCUGCGACGGCUCAAUCACAACGUCGCCAAAGAGACGGCGCGUCGGAAGACCAUGCUGGAGACCUCUGGAGCGUUCACGCCUCGGUCGCCCAGUAAACCAUGACCAGUAAACCAUGCCCCACUCCUCAGCUUGGAACAAACUGCUUAGUAACAACACUGAGCUUGUCUUCCUGUGUCCUGGACUGAAUAAAGUUUUCACAUUCAACUCUCCACUGGGGUUGGGCAGUAUCCAGAUUUUCAUAUAUUCAUACCGUUCCUGUACCAUACCGGGAAAUACGGUAUUACAGUCAGUGCACACAAGGGCCGCUAUUUAUUUUCAAAA